UCAUAAAUUCGUCUGGUAAUUUGACAGAUGAUGACAGUUCGGAUUGUGAAUGUGUUUUCUUUUUUUUUAUUCACACACAUUCUGAAUAGUUCAAUUAUUAGUAACUCUAAUAACUAAAUUAACGUGAAAUAAAAUUAAGAAAUGUGUCGCGAUUCUUGACACACGAAAAGUGUAUAAUUUUUCUAUUCGAAAAACAAAUUCCCCGGCGAAUUUACAAUUUUAUAGAAAUACCUUCAAUUUAUUCACUUUUAUAAAGCAUAGAGCUUAUCGACAUUGUUUUUUCUAUUAAUAAUGAGAUAAUUGCGAUAAUUAUAUAAAGGAAACAAGUAUUUUUCAAGCUGUGAUAGAAUUGUAUAUUUGAAAAAGAAAAGAGAAGAAAUUUGACUUUGACAUCAUGGCAUCAGCAGCUGAACAACCACAGCAGACUACCCUCAAUUUCUAUCAGGCUAUGGCAGACUUUAAAAUUAUGUUUCCUGAGAUGGAUGAUGAUGUAAUUGAGGCAGUAUUGCGUUCAAAUCAGGGGGCAGUUGAUACAACGAUUGACCAGUUAUUAUCAAUGAGCACAGAUAAUGAGAAUGAAAAGAUUCGCAGUGAAUUGGAACAAGACGACGGUGAUGUGCCUGGUGCAAAAGCAGUGAAAACAAUAAAAUCAGACGCAUCAAGUCGAUCGAAAAGCAUUCAAAAGUGGAAACCACCAUUAUUGGGACCAUUGCCCGAAACAUUUCUUCGUAUUCCGCAGCAAAUAAUUGAGGGCACUGAAGAAUUACAACUUGACAAUUCAUUGCUCGAAGACGAAAGAAUUGCAAUGUUUUUACAAAAUGAAGAAUUUAUGGCUGAAUUACGUUGGAACGAAGACUUUUUAUCUACCCUAGAAAAUGAUACAAAAUUACAAGGCGCAAAAUGCGGAACCACUGCCGGUCAUGAAGAUGAGGAUUUGUUUAAAGAAAGAUUACGAAACAUGGGAAAAGUUUCACGUCGCAAAUUUGCACAACUGACGAAAGUUUUUACACGAAGCAAGAAACGAGGUGGUCGCCAAUUAUUGCCACCGACAGCUUCUUGCGAUGAUCUUUUGGAUCCCGAAGAAUCAUCUAGACCACGAACUUAAGACUUGGAAAAAAUUGAUUUAAUUUUCAAUUUUUUUGUUGCGUUACGUGCCAUUCGUCGAUUGAGACAAACUCAAAAUUUUUCUUCUUUAUUUUUAUUUACAUACAAAGAUCAUGAAUCCCGGUGUUAUUGGAAACUUUUGUGAUUUUCAUUUUCUGAAAGCUUUAAAUGUUUAGGUAAGUUAAACAAAUUUUAAUUUUAAAAAACAAAUUUAAAAAAAAGGUUUUUUUAUUUUUUGUAUAUUUUUCUUUUAUUAGUACAAUGUUUUUUUGUUA